AUCUCGCAACCCACCGACGUCAUAAUAUUUACAUACGAAGAAUUGCGCAAUAUUUGUCUUUCCCUGAUUGUUCAAAACUUGAUGUUGACCGUGAAUGUUGUUGGCCUUGUAUUUCACUAGAGCCUUUCUAAAGAAUGUUUUGUUUAGUCGCGGGGAGCCCACCGUAAAAUGACAUCAUCGUUGUAUUUUGAGAUAAAUUCUCAAUUAGGACACUGUUUUAUGUAUCAAUUUAUUAUCACGAUAUUUCGUGAUAAUCCAUUUAUAUAUAAUCACUUAUUUAUAAUUCCAUCAUCAGCAAUACAUAUUUUCAUUAUAAGCUAAAGUUGAACAAUAAUGUACACAUGUCUAAUGAUUAAAAAUGAUAAUAAUAGCCUUAAAAACAAUUGCCCUCAAAUACAGAUUUCAUCAAAUAGCCGUCGGUUUGGGCAGCAGGCUAUUUCUCACGUGGGGGAAUUCCCGGAGAUGAUGCACAUCAAACCCCUUUUGCAAUCAGGGGAGUGCGACUAGCCCUUGGCCUGUGUGUUUUUGGUUCUGUGAAUUCCCAUCUGCGCAAUCAAAAUAGUGAAGACCGACCGCACAACCACUCGUCUUCCUGCAAAGAGCUGUAGUGAACACAAUCUGACAGAAAGAGUUCUUCAUUCUGAACCUGAUUGAAAUUAUUUAGCCUUUUUUAAAUUUUAGUUAAGAAAUAGGUCACAAACUUUGUGAUGGCUGCCACAGCCAUGACAGGUGUGGCAGAAGAUGGCGGUAGCGCUAGUGGCGAUCCGAAUCUGGUUUUAAUCACGGAGGUUUUCCGGCCGUUUUUAGUGAAGAGUCUUCGGUUGAAUCCCGAGUUUAUAGCUCAACUAACAGGCUCCGGGUUCGUGAGUGAAGAAAUCAUGAUGAAUCCCCAACUACUGCAGUUGGGAAACGGUGUCAGUACGCUCCUUGAUGAUCUGAAGCAAGCAAACCAAAUGGGAUCCUAUGCCGCCUUCAUGAACUCUCUCCGUAAUGUGGAGUCCUUCAAAUAUUUUGCGGACGUCAUCGAAGAGUUUGCAAACGCAAGAGAAUCAGAGGCCAGGGAUAAGAUAAAGUAUGUUAUGAGGGCACUCUGCCCAAGAUUCUGUGACAUCGACCCAUGUGAUCUACUACCCUAUAUUACCGAAUUCAGUGAUGGUGAAAGAGAAAAUGUGACACAGUGUGUUACUAACAAUGGAGCCAUAAGUGGAGCCAUGAUGUUCUGUGGGAUUCUGCGCACCAAAGGAGAGGAGUGCUUUUCUCAGCUGAUUGAAGGUCUCCAAGGAACAGGACAUGAGGGACUUGCAAAUGAGCUGUCUGACCUCAUGGAUCCAUGCAAGAAUGGUGGAGAAAAGUUUUGCAAAUCAAAACUGAAUGACGUCAACACGUGCACCAUGGAGGACGCGCCCGGGUGUUAUGAUGAUUGCACCCCUUGUGACGAUAACGCAAGCAGCUGUGACUCGAUCUCAAGCUCUCCUGCCCCCAAGGGGAAGAAACGCAGCCUAGCCUGCACAUGGGGCAAGGAGAUGGCUAUGAAUAUUAAUGACUCUGAAGAUCAGAAGGGCCAAUCAGUGAAGAAUAUUCCCCUUUUAAAGGCUGAACCCUCCAUCCAGCCGCAUCGCCCGGUUCUCUCCGUAGAUGAAGAUCCUGAUGACAUACUCAACGAGGAACCGGAACGACUAGAGGAACUCAUCCUGCGAGGGUAUCAAGACGAGUUGGUGUCUCCGGGGCUAAAUGGUAAAAACUCGGUUGUCGUUGCGCCGACUGGCUCGGGGAAGACAGUUGUCGCUGCCCGCCUGGCCAAAGCGGUUGUGGACAAGGAGCCUGGAGUAGGACAGCGGGCUGGGAAGGGAGUAGGUCGUGUUAUAAAGGAUGGAUCUAACAAAGUUAUCUUCAUUGUCAACAAGGUGCCUCUGGUGAAGCAGCAGGGAGAUCUCUUCAAGAAAUACAUCGAUGGACGUCGGAUUAUGGGAUUAAGCGGAGAGAUGGGCCACAUCGGCUCCUUGGAUGAUCUCCUGGAGAAGAAAGACGUCCUCGUCAUGACGGCGCAGAUCUUGGUCAACGCUCUACGCGCCAGCGAUAAGGAGGAUAACGCCGACAGGAUGGAGUUGUCUUCUGUUGGGUUGAUCAUCUUGGAUGAGUGUCAUCAUUGUCAGAAAUCAAAUGCGUACAAUGAGGUCAUGGAGGAGUAUCGGGACCUCAAGUUAACCACACCAGAUAAACCAAGACCGCAGAUCCUUGGUCUGACUGCAUCGAUGGGCGUCGGUAAAGCCAAGUCCAGAUACAAAGCUGUCAGUCACAUCUUGAAUCUGUGCGCCAACUUGGACGCAGAGAAACUGUCCACCGUGCAGAAUGAAGACAAUCUAGAAGAACUGAAGAGAAAUCGGGAUAAGCCGACAGAAAGUAUCCUCCCAGUUCCUGGUAGAAAGAUCGACCGCUUCAAAAUGGAAAUUGAGAGAAUUAUGACUCAGAUUGAAGACAUUAUUUCCCAAACUCCUGGAGGUGAUAUCAUCCACAAAGACUCGGAGUUAAAGUGUCCAACAACCCGUGGGACUCAAGUUUACGAGCAGUGGCUGGUCAGAAUGCAAGAUUACAUCGCUGGAGCGACCACAGAUAACGACAACCGAAUGUGCCUGGUCACGUGCACUGACCACUUGAAGAAAUAUAACUCCAGCCUUUACAUCAAUCGUGAUGCUCGUACCCAAGACGCUUUGGAGUAUCUUCAGAGAAACCUCACACGUCAUCACAGCGUCUUAGCGGAAGAAGAGCAAGACAAUGAACUUGACAAAGAGAGAAACUGUUCAUUUGAGGACAAGCUAGUGGCAGUGUUUAAAAGCAAGGAAGAACAUCUCCAAAGGAUCAGUGAAGAUCCAGCAAAUCGUAACCCUCUCCUUGAAUGCCUCUCGGACACACUCAUCAAAGCCCUAGCCGGACAGGAUCACUCCCGCGGGAUUCUCUUCUGCAAGACCAGAGCUGCGACAGAAGCGCUCCUCGCCUGGAUAGAGAAGACCCCAAAGCUGCAAUUUCUGAAACCUGGGAGACUCAUCGGAAGUGGGGGCACAGGAAUGACCCAGAAGCAGCAGACGGAGCUUCUGACACUUUUCCGGGAUGGUAACCACCAGCUGAUUGUUGCAACAUCGGUGGCAGAAGAGGGAUUGGACAUCCAGGCUUGUAAUGUUGUCAUCCGCUACAACUACAUCAGCAAUGAUAUCGGCAGGGUUCAAGCGCAAGGUAGGAACAGAGCUAGAGGUGGGAAGUUCUACCUCAUCGUCACUGAGGAGUUAAACCUCCACGAGAAGGAGUUCAUGAACCAAAUCCGUGAAAAGAUGAUGUUUGAAUCGACUCAGAGACUGCAGAGGAUGCCCGAGGCUGAAUUCUUGAAACAGAUUGACAAGUUACAGAGGGAAAAUAAGCUGGAGAGAAAACUCAAGAACCACGGGAACCAAUCACGGAAGCACAACAAGAAACUCAUGCAGGUUAUUUUGAUCUGUCGCAAGUGCGGCGCCGAGGCCUGCACCGCAGACGACAUCAGAGUCAUAGAGGGCGCUCAUCACGUAGUCCUGGCCGACUUCUUCGUAGAGCGUUGUCGCUUCGUAAAUGUCCCUCAUAGCAAUCCGCAUCCAGACAUAGAGAUUCGACAGAAGAUCUACUGCGGGAAUACCAGGAAGUCUUGUACCCAAGAGUGGGGGACGCAGAUGCUGUACAAGGGAUGCCUUAUCAAUCUCAUCACACCAGUGAACUUUGUGAUGAAGAUGCCCAAAGGGCCCCCUAGGAUGUUCAAGAAGUGGAAGGAUGUCCCGUUUAAGAUUGCUGAUAUGUCGAUGGAUGAUCUGGAGAAAGCCUGCAACAUCUCUUCGGAUGAUGACGAGGAGGAGGAGGAGGAGGAGGAUAAUGAAGAUCCAAGAGGAAAUGCAGAUGGGAUGGAGAUGUUUUCCGCAAGCAAUGUGCGCCAGCCUCAUCGUCAGAGGGCAUCACCAAGUAGAGAUCUCGAGAUGAAUCUGGCCAUGUAGCAGUCAAGUCUAGCCUGACCCCAUAGAAAAUUAAUCCUGGACUCCACCGGAAUUCCGCCUGGACUCCACCUGGAUACCGUCGGGAUUUCUGUAUCCCGGCAAGCAUUAAGCAAUGUGUGCCAGCAUCAAUGUCGUAGGGCAUUUACCAAGUAGAGAUCUAGAGAUUGAUUUAGCCAUGUAGGAGUCAAAUCUAGCCUGACCCCAUAAGAAAGGAACCUGGGAGCCCACCGGGAUCCUGCUGGGAUGGAGCCCACCGGGAUCCUGCUGGGACUCCACCUGGAUCCCAUCGGGAUUUCUAUAUCCCGGCAAGCAUUAAGCAAUGUGCGCCAGCCUGAAUGUCGUAGGGCAUCACCAAGUAGAGAUCUAGAGACAAAUGUCGCCAUGUAACAGUCAAAUCUAGCCUGACCCCAUAGAAAAUGAAUCCGGGAUUCCGUCUGGACUCCACCUAGAUCCCAUCGGGAUUUCUCUAUCCUGGAAAGCAAGCAAUGUGCAGAGCAUCAUCGUCGUAGGGCAUCACCAAGUACAGAUCUGGAGAUGGAUGUGGCCAUGUAGAAAAGUGUCAAACCUAGCCUGAGUGUCAAAGGGGGGUUAACCCCAACCCUCGCAAAUCCUUCCACCCUCUCAGAAAAAUGAAGGAUUCAGAGGAAUGAGGUCUUGACGCCCAAAUAACAGUUGCCGUCACUGGGUUAGCCAGGCUUUCAAGUUUCAAUUAGACCCCUUGCAUGUAAUGUCACACACUC